AUGCACAACAGCACUGCCGAAAUUCCGCACGCGGCUGCGACGUGUAACGAGACUUGGCCCACCCAGCCUCCAAGCUCCAAGUUCUCCCUGGGUGUGUUGGUGCUGUUGGCUUUCCUCAUGGUGCUGCUGUGUCUGGUGACCAUCCUUGGAAACAUGCUGGUGAUCCUUGCUUUCAUUAUGGACAGAAACCUCAGGCAUCGGAGUAACUAUUUCUUUCUGAAUCUUGCUGUUUCUGACUUUGCAGUGGGUGUGUUCUGCAUGCCCCUCUACAUCCCUUACAGCCUGACAGGAAAAUGGCACUUGGGAAGAGGCAUCUGCAAGCUUUGGCUGGUUAUGGACUAUCUCCUCUGCACAGCUUCAGUAUUUAACAUUGUUCUUAUCAGCUAUGACCGUUUCCUGUCAGUUACUAAAGCUGUAUCUUACAGAGCCCAGCAGGGAAUAACAUCCAACCCUGCCAUCGAGAUGGUGGCCAUCUGGCUAUUUGCCUUCCUCCUGUACUGCCCAGCCAUCCUGCUUUGGGAGCACGUGGCCGGACGCAGCGUGGUAGAGGUGGAUCAGUGCUAUGCUGAGUUCUUUGACAACUGGUACUUCCUCCUGUGUGCUUCCACCCUGGAGUUCUUUGUGCCGCUGCUCUUGGUGACCUACUUCAACGUGCACAUCUUCCACAACAUCCAGAGGCGCCAGCGGCGUGGCAGCGUGCAGGACUGCGAGCCUCCAAGGAGCAGCAGCCUGUCCUGGAGGUUUUGUGGCUUGCUGAGGCCAGGGGCAUCAUCUCCUUCAUCAGAAGCAGAGGACAGUGUUUCUUCUUCCACGAGACCAAAGAAAGAGUCUUUGGGAACUGACUGCUCAUUUCCAUCCAGAGACAAUUCUGUAACCCCAGAAAAUGACUUUUCUGUUUCCUUCUGUGCAAAGACCAGAUCAAAACUGCAGCGGGACAAGAAAAUAGCGAAGUCUCUUGCCGUAAUUGUCGGUGUGUUUGCCAUUUGCUGGGCCCCAUACUCUUUAUUAAUGAUUAUCCAUGGGCCCUGCCAGGGAACUUGUGUCCAUAACUUGCUGUAUGAAGCAACAUUUUGGCUUUUGUGGAUCAAUUCUUCUUUGAACCCAUUUCUUUACCCUCUGUCAUGUUAAAUUUCGAAUGGCUUUUCUGAAAAUACUAUGUCAUAAAAAGUUUGCAACAUUGAGAUCAGGUUCUUUUUAGAAGGAAGAAGAAAAACAAGGUCCAAGAGGAGCUGGAUGAGGGGUCCGACACGCUCUUGCUCAAGUACCGAGGAAAUAUACUGCCAGCUGAGUCAAGUAUAAGGAUUGCCCAGAAAAGAGACAAUUUAAGAGGAAAAAAAUGCAGGUGUAGGGCAGCCAAUAAAUUGUCAAUGAAGAGAGAAAGCAGGCAAAGAGAGCAGCUGGCUAGAGCCCAGCAGAAGGAACUCAGUGCCUGGGAGACCAGCUUUCUGUGCCACAUUAUUUCAAAAGCCAAGAAGCCACUGGAGUUCAAGGAGAGAAGGAGCUGGACAGCCAAGCUACUCUGCACUGUAGCUUUGAGUCCUGAGUGCAGAGCUGUCUCCCUGCCAAUAACCUCUACUCCUGGAGCAAUGCUGGCUGCCAGUUGGACGGGGAAGUUCAGUCAACUUGGACAAGUUAAGAAUGUUUUUUCUCCUGGAUUCAACUGUUGAGGACUCCUGGGCCAUGUUCAGCUGUGUCCCAGUAAUACAUGGUAAAAAAAGGAUGCUUGCACAGAACAACCACAAGAGUCUGAGUCUUCCUAUGCUCUCUUGCAAAGUCUACAGAUUUAGCAGUCGUGCCCCACCUGUGAGUGCGCACUGCAGUGGUGGAAGCUCUCAGAGUCCUGCAGUGCCUGAUGAUGGAGAUGUUAUGGGAAUGAUGGCCAGGGCUGCCAGAUACUGGGUGAGGCGAGAAACUCCUCGAUGCUGGGUCAGAGGCUGUACUUGUGCUUCUUCAGAGACUGAACGAGAAGAAGGGCAUCCUUCUAGGAGCUGUGUGUUGACAUGUGAUCUAGAUGAAGAUGACAGCUCGACCUCCAUGAUAAGAGAGGAAUUAUUUUCAAUGGAUGAAGACAAUGAUGGCAGCACUGGGGACACUGGGACAGCCAGCUCUUCAGCUGGUGUUAGAAGUGAUGAUGGUCCCUGGAGUUUUGCAGAGGAGUAUUCACUGGUUCCCUUAAGCAGACGAAAGCAAUAUUCUGCCCAGACUUUUCAUGAUGCAGUAGAAAGAUUUUUGAGAGAAUUCUGAGCUUUGGCACAUCAGUUUUGAAUUUGGGAGCCAAAUCUGUGGAGUUGCAAAUGCCUGUCAUCAUGUGCACAGUUUAUUGUAAUACAGGCUGAAGCCUGCAGAAAAGCCAUGAAGGGUCAAAUAGAGUAAAGCUCAGUAUAUUUAGUAUAUUAGAUUGACAGACAGCUAGAAAGCUAUUUGCAUUCCAGUUUUGUCUCCUUGAUAUGUGUUGCUGCCUUCUUCAGGAGCUUAAAAACCUUUAGUAAUCAUAAGGCAUUAAAAAUGGAAAAAUUACUUUGAGUCUAAGCUAAUGUAAUGACUAUUUCUUUUGCAAUUUUAAGAGAUAGAGGCAAAAUGCAGCCUUUUUUUUUUUAUUUAUCAGCAGUAGAGUCUCCAUUUAAUAGCUUCUUGAAGGAUAUUUGAAAUUCAAAGCCUUUGUUUAUGCCAGUAUUUCCUUUCACAAAAUGCUUUAAUUUACCCUAUAGAGGCCUAGAGGGUUUGAUUUUUGUUUUUGUGUAUGUUUUUUCUUUGACUUGAUCUAAAUCUAAAAAUUGUGUUCUACUGCAUAUAUUUGAUUAUUCACAUAUAAGCAGUUAUGAAUGAUAAUGUCAGAUAGCUAGAGCACAAUCUGCUUAAAAACUCUCACACUCUUUAGCUGGUAACUUGUCACAUUAAAAUAUUAAAAAUAAAAUUAAAAAAUAUGU